AUGAGGAGGAGAACUCGUUCGACUGACGGUCAGGAACAAGGCGUGGACCAAGAUUUCGAUCGGAAUGGCGAUUCUUCGACGCAAUCAAACAUGCUCCGCGACGUGGAAGAUGGAACGGACGGCACGCCUGGUCGUAGUGACGGGGGUUCGACCCCGGAGAAACGUCGCCAGACCGCUGACUCGGAGGACCAAACCACGGUACUAGCGAGGGUGAUUAGCACGGUCGAUCAAGAUCCCCAAACGUCGCUUUCAGACACCACCGCCACGGCUCGACCGACCAAAACUUCAGACGUCGAAUCGGAUCGCUCCACAACAUCGCACACUUCCUCCGACCCGACGUCUGUCACGCAUUCCCAUCGUUCCACCGCAGACAAUACUUCUUCAUCUGAGACAAGUACAGUAACAAAUGCGUCCUCGUCCUCGUCCUCGUCUUCGUCGGACGAAGGUCUUCCCACCGCCUCGCCAGCCUACUCAUCCCCCACUGCGGACACCCCGACGAUGACAACCGGCCAUGACGCCUCCACCACCGGAACGUCUGUCACUUCCGGAAAUUCCACCGUCCAGCUUUCUACCCAGACCUCGCAUCACAUUAUCAGUCCGACUACGAUUAGCGCUUCUUCGAGUCACCGGGUGUCGUCAAGUUCGGCGGUUUCCACGGGCUCGAUGUCGACGUCCAGUACCUCCUCGAAUUCCACUAUUACGACAUCGUCAACGACAAACUCCGUCGCAAUCGUGUGGACAACUUCGGAGAGCGCCCCGACGUCUUGGUCAUCCACGGGUGACGGCUGGGGAGGCGGCGAAUCCUCGGCGACUAGCACCACGACAAGCGCAGCUCCUACGGCUACCGAUGUGGCUUCCGGGGGCUCCGGCUCGCUCGACAGCCAGACCAAGGGAAAGAUUGCUGGCGGUGUCGUCGGCGGCGUGGCGGGAGCGCUCAUCCUGCUUCUUGUCGCCUUCCUGCUGUUCCGACGACGAAAGGCGGCGGCGCGCAACCCGGUUCAAGAAGCCCUUCCUGCCGGACCAGAGACCGGCACGGCGCUCGGGGCCGAAUCGGUGUCGCGGUCUGCCGAAAUGACUUCGCGGCGGUCGAGUCACGAUCCCCUGUUCACCGCCUCGUACUUUGCACCGGCAUUCAUGAAACGCUGGAGACAGUCCAACCAGACUACUCGGACCGAUAGCACGAUAACCUCCAGCACCAGCGAGCGAGGAUUCCAGAAGAUCUCGGGAAGGAAAAUCCCUUCGGUACUGCAGUCUGGUGGAGACGGUUAUGGGGGUGGCUUCGAGGCCGGUUCCCCGACGACGUCCGAGCCGAGUACGAUCAUUCAGCCGCCGUCACCGGUGUACCCGCGGUCGCCCACCCAGCCGCCUCCGUCGGUGCCGUACGGUAUGCCCCUGGAUACCAGCUAUACGCGGGAGGCGGAGGAGUCGGACGCCAGAGUCAUCUUCCGACCGUCCCCAGCGCGGACACCCGUCGCGGGCUCGGCGAGUGCCAGUCUCUCCAACGAACCCACGGGCUCGCGGGCUGUUCCUCAACUAUCGGGGGCUCUUUCCCCUACAAUUCCCAAACGACCCGACGUGUUGGGUCGGAGUCACCCGAGCUUCGAUGGGAGUCGAGGCAGCCGAUUUUCCGAGAACCUAUGA